CGCAACUUCCAAACGACCCCUAAGUCUAUUUUCUGCGAUUUUUGAGAGGGGAGAGCUAGGUUUUGGAUCCCAAACACCCAAGGGACGAACCAAAGAGAGAGAGAGAACGAUUUGAGGGCACUCUUGGAGUGGAAUUGGAGGAUUUCUUUGCCUUGGAAGCUCGAGGAACAAGCCCGGACUUGAAGACUGAUCAUCUGAAGAUUCUUACUGCAGUUUCUCUCUUCUCUAUGGAGUAACUUCCCUUCACUUAGGUUUUGAGGAACCCUAGCCAUGUUUGUUUGAUUGGAUGAUUGUAUGAGUACUCUUACUUGAUAAUCUUGAGUUCAUAUUCAAUCCAUGCAUGUUUUCAUGAUUCAAUUCUGCUUUAGUCGAGAUUAUUGAUUCUGCUUUGAUCCUAUGAGAGCGAAUACUUGAUUAGGUCAAUAGAGCACCAUAGAUUGAUAGUAUUGGAUCGAUUGCUUUAGUCGAGGGUUGAUUCAAUGCUUUGUAUCGAUUGAGAACCUCAUUCGAUAUAGGGAUCUAGUUCAGAACGCCUUAAUCGGUUGUUCUAGAGAAGGAUACAUCCCUCUAAGCAAUUGACUCAACAGGACCUUGUUCCUUUAGCCGAGACUCAAGGUCUAGUUAAGGAUUCUCCGCAUUGUGGAUGAAAGUGAAUAAAGUUAGAUAUCAUCAAUCAUUAAUCUGGCUAGUGGCUAGGGGGAAUCAUACCUAAGUGAGUUCCCAACUUGUAAUUAGAUUAACUUUAACUGUAGUUUGCUAGAGUAGUUUUAGUUGUUCUAUCUUAAUCUGGUUUGCUAGAUAAUGAACGGAAGCUGAGUAAUAGUAACUCUAGAGACCCGUGGAUACGAUAUUUAUUACUUGAGCCACUAUACUGCAGUCCCUUUCAUUGGUUACACUUGGCCUUUGUUAGGAGUUGUGUCAUAGCGUGUCAAAUUUUUGGCGUCGUUGACGGGAACUUUCUAGAUUAUUAGGAAAGGCAGAAGUUUGUUAAUUUAGCUUUUCUUUCUGUUGUUUUUCUUUUUCGCCCUUGCUUUUCACUUGGGUGUUUUUGUUUUUGUUAGUGCAUAUGUGAAUCAUGGAUCCUCAUGGCUUCUCCAACCAUUGGGGGUAUCCACCACCAUCUGAGUGGUGUUACCCCGAGACUUCCUGGAGCAAUCAAGGAGGAGAAGACUAUGGAUUCGUGUUCCAGUACCUACCCCCUUUACUAUGGAGAACAACCGGACUCUUGGGAGUUUCAAGAACAGUAUCCUUAACAAGAAGAAUUCUUCUGACAGCCAGAAGGGCUAUCAAAGCUGGAGUUAGCCAUGGCGGCCUUCACAGGUCAAUCUGUAGAGCCAUGCUACAGCCCACAACAAGAUCCAAAUUGUGAAUUGAGACUUCUCAUAGAGCAGUUUGUUCGGGACACCGAGAGAUCCUUCCGCAAGAUGGACCUCCUAAUCCAAUCCAUCCGUGAAUCUGAGGAGGCUGUUCAGCGCUCAGCGAAGCAAACAAAGUGGGGUGAGCAAGUUUGUGCACAACUUGCUCAACAUCGCCUUUCUGAUUCCAUACAUGAAGAAGAGGAGGAUGUAGAAGGCUACAAUGACAUUGUGGAGCAGACUGAAGUUAUCACGAAGAGCUCUCGUGAUGAUCAUGAUCAGGAAUGUCCUGUUGUAGCCGACCACACCUUCCCACAGUCCACACCGAGCUUUGAUGAGGUGGGCAUGAGCAAGGAGAUGCAAGAUGAUCUCAUGAAAGAAAUUGCUUGGCGACUUGCUCUCCAAUCAGUGCUAGAAGAAGAAGAGCGAGAAAUGAUGAGGAAAGAAGUUGUGGAGGAUGACGGAAGUGAAUUAGAGGAAGUUCUUGAUCUUUUCCGAAGGGAGGAAUUAAUUUCCAAAGAAGGAAUGGGAGUUGAGGAAGCAAUUGGCGACCAGGCUAGGGACGAAGUUGAGGUGGAAGAGGCUUGCACCGACCCUAAGUUACAAGUAAUAUCUCCACCAAACUUCAAGGAGCUGUUUGGCAAGAACCCAUUUGCAGUGUCUCUUUGCUAGACCAAGGCCACAUCGACAUUGGUCCCUCUUGGUGGAUGCGAUGGUGGUCAGUCGAUGCUGGUGUAUCUAGUUUGGGGCAAUGAGACGAGAUAAGACAAUAAGAAUUAAGAGGACUCGAGGAUGGAGACUUCAUCUGCAUCAAGUGCACGGGCCUUCAUCACCUGUCAUACCACAUGCUCCUGACUUGAGACUCCACCUCAUCGACGAGAACCUCAACUUCAAAGAGGUUUUGGGGUGGACCGAAGCUUAGGAGACACCGUCCGGCUCACGACGUGAAAGAAGCGCUUGUUGGGAGGGAACCCAACUAGUCGAUUUGCAUUUCUUUCCCUAUUUCUCCUCGGCUUAGUCAGUUUUGUUCUUUGAUUUUAGAGUCAAUAACUCAACCUUGAUUUUGUGUGGUGUUUGUGUUCCGACUACUCUCUCCUCCUGGAAUGCACUGCCUGCACCAUCCAUCAUCAUUCACACUUGAUCUGGUAACUUCGUUCUACCCUCCUUAUCUUUCCUCCAUUGAGGACAAUGUCGUACUUAAGUGUGGGGGGAUGUUUGAUUAUGUAUGCGUGUGAAUGUUUUGUUGUAUGUGUGUGUUUGGAGCCUAGUCCACUGUCCAAAUUUUUUAAAUUUGAGGGCUCCAAGUACACGUGUCCCUUGCAAAUGUCUACUCAGUAUGCUUUGAAUUGACAACAUUUAUAGCACUAUGCAACCUAGGGAGGUAGUUGUAGCUAGGGAUGGCAAAUUACCCACCCAUGGGUAAUUAUACCCAAACCCAAGUAGACCCAUUGAUAAUGGGUUGGGUAUGGGUGAAGUGCAUAUGGAUUUGGGGGUUUAUAGAUGGGUUUGGGGCUUCCAUAAUCUAAAUGGGUAUGGGUUGGAUAUGUAUAUCCAUUUACUUGAGGGUGUUUUAACUACACAUGCAAAAAUUGGACCUAUUUGCAAAACUUGAAAAGUUUAGGUACCAAAAUGUAAGACCAAAAAAAUUUAGGUACCAAAACGUAAUUUUCCAUCGAUAUUUUGAGGACUUAUAUGCAAAAAAAAUUAAAUUUAGGUACUAAAUAUGCAUGUCUAUUAAGUUUAUGUACCAAACUGUAAUUUGUAUUUGGGCAUGGGUACAAACCCAAAUCCAUUUGAUAUAAACCCAACUCAACCCAAAGUAAAUGGGUAUGGGUAUAAACCCAUCAAACUCUACCCAUAUCCAUCUAUUUGGAUUUCAUACCCAACCCAAUUGGGUUGGAUAGUAAGAAACCCAUGGGUAUGGGCAAAGUUGCCAUCCCUAGUUGUAGCACUAUGGAGGAUGUUGAAGCAUAACAUUUUUCCUAUCUAUCUCCUUGUUGUGUCAGUUGAUUUUGUGAACUAGUGGAUUUAGGACAUUUGAUUCAUGUGAUAUUGAUGACUCUCCUUAGGUUGUGUUGUGGACUCAUGUAUCGGAAAAGGGUGCUCAUGUGUGAAAUGAAAAAGCAGUUGGUCCUCUAUGUCAAAAAUUUGAAAUUUUAAAACAUGGGGUAAUCCCAACGUGUGUGGCACCGUUCAUUACACAAAAUCGGUUUUUGGAAGAGAUUUUAGUGAUCCUUGGUGGGGUAGGCCUACAAGGUGAAGCUAAGUUGUCUCUAGUACAAGUAAAAUUUCUACCCGUUGAAUGAUUUGCCUACUCGAGGAUGUGUUUUUAAGGGCACUGAUAGAGCUUCUGACACCCCUUAAUUUCAUUGACCCUCCACACAAGUUGAGGAAAAGGAGUUAAAAGAAGUACUCUGGCGAGUGGCAGAUGUACAGAAAUUGCUCUUGCUCAACCAAUAAGGGUCGACCAUGCACAAAAACUACAGUUGGAACCCCGACAAAGUGUGAAUGCGAAAAACAAAAGAAACAUAAAAUGAAAGUGUGAAAAGGGG